AUGUCUUCCAAGUCUGCCAACAAGUCUUCUCCGGAGUUUACCUCCUACUACCUUCAACGCACAACACAAGAGCUCUCAGAGGAUCUUGACAAAGUUCGCAACGCAGAGGACUUCAAGGCCGAUUCCAUCCCUUUCCUUGUUCACGCUCUGCAACAAGGUGCGGGGCUUUUCUCUCCUGAGGACCAGAAGAGAGUGGUUGCUGUACCAAAGGCCAAGGACGGGAAUGUAUGA